AGUAAAACCGCCUAGAGGAGCGUGAGCUUGCCACUGCGUUUGACGGUGAAACAUGAACCGAGCCCGGCGAGCCGAAAUCACACGCCUGACUUGUCCACUCCGACAUUAGCACUUUUUAUUCCCAUCUCGAUUGCUUUGUUUAAUUUUUUUUUUCAUUAAGUUCCUGGAAAGGUCUGCCUUUCUUCCGUCUUGUACGCUACACCUCCCCGUACCUGAGGGACUGUCAGUCAGAUCUUCUGCGCUGGAUCAUUCGUGCGACAAGAUGUGCGUGGAAAGCGACGGAUGCGAGCUGGAGGGCUGCAGCGGCGCGGCGGCGGAGGUGCGCACGCUCUCAGGAAACGUGAGCGCCGCGAUCAAGGCGAAUCCCGAGCUGCGCGCGUGCAAACCGGGCCAGAAAUUCCGCGCCGCGCUGAUGCGGUGCCGCUCUCCCGCAACCGCCGCCGGGAUCCUCAGCUUCGGCAACGUGCUCAAUUACAUGGACAGAUACACGGUGGCCGGCGUGCUGCGAGACAUUCAGGAACACUUUAAAGUAAAGGAUAGCGGAGCUGGCUUGCUACAAACAGUUUUCAUCUGCAGUUUCAUGGUGGCGGCACCCAUCUUCGGUUACCUUGGCGACCGAUUUAACAGGAAGGUCAUCCUGAGCUGCGGCAUCUUCUUCUGGUCGGCUGUCACACUACUGAGCUCCUUUAUCACCAAAGAUUACUAUUGGGUGUUUGUCCUGUCCAGAGGCCUGGUAGGCAUCGGAGAGUCCAGCUACUCCUCCAUCUCCCCCACCAUCAUCGGAGAUCUGUUCACCAACAACAAGAGGACCAUGAUGCUCUCUGUCUUCUACCUGGCCAUCCCAUUAGGAAGUGGUCUUGGCUACAUCCUGGGAUCCAGUGCUAAAGAUCUGGCGCAGGACUGGCAUUGGGCUCUGAGGGUGUCUCCAGUGUUAGGAAUGACUGCUGGAGUUCUCAUCCUGCUGUUCGUUCCUGAACCCAAAAGGGGCAUCGUGGAACCGUCACCCAGCACCGUGAGGACACGCACCUCAUGGGUCUGCGACAUGAAGGCUCUCCUUAAAAACCGAAGUUACAUGUUUUCAUCUCUUGGAUCGGCCGCCGUGUCGUUUGCAACGGGGGCCUUUGGGAUUUGGAUCCCUCAGUAUCUGGUCAGAGCUCAGGUAGUGCAGGAUACUGCAGUGAGCAAAGACAGUCUGAUCUUCGGGGUCAUCACUUGUGUGACGGGUUUACUCGGUGUGGUGAUCGGUGCUGCAACAACACGUUUCUGCCGACAAAAGACACAGCGCGCCGACCCUCUGGUGUGUGCCGUCAGCAUGCUCGGCUCAGCCAUCUUCAUCUGCCUCAUCUUCGUCGUGGCUAAGAAGAGCAUCAUAGGAGCAUACGUCUGCAUCUUUAUAGGAGAGACUCUACUCUUCCUGAACUGGGCAAUAACUGCAGACAUUUUAAUGUAUGUUGUCAUACCAACCAGAAGAGCCACUGCAGUUGCCUUUCAGGGCUUCACUUCCCAUUUACUAGGGGAUGCAGGGAGUCCGUAUCUCAUUGGCCUGAUAUCAGACGCUCUGCAGGCGAGCUACACAUCGUCAGAGCUCUGGCAGUUCCUGAGCUUAGGCUACGCCCUCAUGCUCUGCCCCUUCGUUAUCGUACUUGGGGGGAUGUUCUUCCUCGCCACUGCCCUCUUCUUCCUUGACGAUCGGGAAAAAGCAGAGAAACUGACGCAGCAGCUCUCCCGAUCGCCGUCUGCAGUGAAGGUCACCAAGUGAGAGAAGGUCUGGAGUGGGAGGAUUGAGAGCGAGCCGAGGAGUGGGCGAGAUGAACGGAAGGGAGGUGGAGAGAAAGAAGGGGGGAAAAAAGAGAAAAGAACAAGUAGCGAACCCACUCGACACAUAUGCUGCACAUCACCAUCAUCACCAUCGUCAGUCAUCGUCUUCACCUUUGCCAGUGCUCUUCAUAUCUGUUGAACGGUGAAUCUUUUGCUGCAGAAGCACCAUCACGUCCCACCAACCAACUGAAGCAAUCCGCCGUCCUGCAGCUGGUGGACAGCUCUCAUAUCAACACGUGAAGGCCAGUAGGGAUUACGGGAGGGUUGAAGGAGGGGCUUAAUAAUCCCCUUAGUGCCAUACUACUGAACACAGACAAGCACUCUGUCCUGUCACGCUGCCUGUCAAUCUGCACCAAGUGCCAUAGCAUCACAUUCCCAGAACUGACCACGCCCCCACAGCCAAAGCAGAGCUCACCGAUUGGUCAUGUAAAUACGGAAAUGAAGGAAUCGGUGAUCUCACAGUCAUCUACUGGAAAUGGCUGUAUGGCUUAGCUUGCCUUAAUAACGUUGGCAUGGACAGAUGUCUGGUCCCUGGUCAUCUUCUUUAUGUCUGUUUUUUUCUUUUUCUUACAUCUUUUUUUGUCUUAGCACUUACUUACUUUAAUGCCAUGCCAGUCAAAUGAUGCAAUCAGACUACAUAAUCACAUAUAAUAUAUUUGCGCUAUCAUUUUUUCUUAUGUUCAUAAAUAGGAAAUCCGAGAAAGGAAAAAAAAAAAAAGAAAGAAAUGCCGUAAAAUGUAGAGCAACACUGGAGUGAAAAUAUGAACCGUCUAUUGUUACUUUCGCAAAUCAGUUGUUUUUUUUUUUGACAGAUUUUCUACCAUCCACACCUCAAAUAACACGCCAAGGAUUUUCAAAAUAAAAAAAAGGGAACAAUAAUAAUAAUACUAAGGGAAAAGUCUUUAGUGGCUUGUGCUAAUGUUUUUUCUUUGAGGGAUUCUUUCAAGGUGUCAGCUCACUCCAUGGAAAAAGAAGCAGCGGAUAAAAUUUAACAAGCUCCGACGUGUGACAAUAGUCGUCUUUGUGAGCCGGGUUCCGAUAUUCGUUCAGUAGAUAUCCAUUUCUGUGAGACAUGUGAGAAAGAGAGAGCUUGACUAGCGAUCCGUCUAAUUCCGUCACAAGUCAAACACCUACUGAGAUCCAUCCAAGGGAAAAAAAAAAAGGUUUCUUUCCAAAGCUAGGUCGAAUUUGUUGUUUGUUUUUUUUUAAAGGGAAUAUAUUACAUUCGCAUUAUUUACACUUAGAAUAAAAAAAGAGAGAAGGUUUUAACCACUUCUUGUCGUUACGAAAGAACUUCAGUAACAAAAUGAUUAGGAACAGGUCAGAGUUUUGAACUUAGUUGUUUUUUUAACAGGGUGACUCUUGUAGUCGAAAUAUACGUUUCAUAGUUUUUUUAAAAAAAGAAAUAAUUUUAAAGAAUGCUACCAAGUAGACAUGGAUAAUUAAGUAUUUGUAUAAAUUAGGAGAAGCACUUUGCUUUUAAAAAGACGUCCUGGAUAAGGGAAAAAUAACUAAACCCCCCUUCCCCAAAUUUUUAAUUGUGAAAACAUAUAUUGUUUCUCAAAUGAUUUUGUAAAUACAGUUUGUUGUAAAAUAUGCAAUUUCCUAAAAAAAAAAAAAAAAAAAAUCCUCUUAAAAAGGAAAAGCUUUUAAUAAGAGCAAUGAUUUCUAUAUUUUCACACUGGGUUGAGUUUGCCGUUUUAAUGAUUAGCUUAUAAUUUUAGCGAAUAUCAGUGACAAGAAACCUUUCGCCAAAAUGGAAAUGAUGAGGCUAUGAAGCCGUUGUAUGGGGUGUAGACGUCCCCUUCCAAAAAAAAAAAAAAAAAAUGAGCAAAGGGUCUGCCUUUUUUCACAUUGAAAAAAAAUAAGCACCUUGCAUAUAGAUUGAAGUGUCAUUUGUUCUGGAAGACAUUGACGACUGAGGAAAAAAACAAAAAACGCUGUAUUGAGAAGGUCACUGGGACUGCAGGACACCGUGUUUAUUUCUCUGAGCUUUCAUCAUGCCAGGUGAAAAGCUAUCUGAAUGUGAUUCUGUCCAAUCCGAUGUGUUUACACAUGCAAAUUCAUUCUAACUAAGCUUUUUUUUGUAUUCUCCUUUUAAGGAUGUCUGUUUGUUUGUUUGUUUUUUCCCGGUCUUUUUACAAAUAUUAGUUUUAUAUAUGAUAAUGCUAUAAAAAAAACAACAAUAACAAAAAAAAAACAAUUAUGCAGUGAUUUUAAUAUAUUGUAAACUAGCUUUGAUGCAAGGUAUUUAUUUUUCUUUUAUGUAUUAGCAUUUUUAAGAAAUCUUUACAAGUGGAAAAGAAAAGCUUCGGGCUAUUACUUUUUAUUUGUCCUUAUUUGUGAAACAAAAAAGCCUGGAUAGUUUAUCAUCAUCUCAAGGAACUGUGCUCAUUCAUACUCAUACACACACACCCACACACACACACACAAAGAAACGCACACACAAACCAGCUUAUGCACACAUACCAAACAACAGCACAGCAUAAUUUUAUAAUACACCCAAGUCCUCCUAGACCAAUCAAAUGUCACUUUUUAUUUACGCAUUUUGCACAUUUGGGUGUGUUCAGGGUUUUUUUUUGUUUUUUUGUUUUCCAAUUCAGUAGUUAUACACUGGCAUUAUGUGCUAUAGGGACUGUACCUAUUUAGUCACAUUACAUAUACAAACUGCAUAUAUAUAGAUAUAUAUUUAAUUUUUUUUUUUUAUUACAGGCUUUAGAUUCACACUACCAAAAUAAAA